ACUGUCGCAGCCACAGCCUCGUCCGCUGCAGGUUGCCCAGGCAAACCAGAAGCCAGGCACCGCCCGUUGCCCCGCCCCCACCAUAGUCAAAACAAUUCGUUCCAUCAAUCAUUUCACUCCAGUCUCAAAAAGCGAAGCCUCACCCAAAAAAUCUCCCACAGGGCUCGCAGCCUCCCCACAAAGCCGCUCCUGAUUUGCUUCGCGCGCCUCCCGCCUUUUUAUCUGCUAGACAUCAUACGCAUUAGCUUUCCGCAUUUUCGCUCGCCUGCAAAAUGGCCUCGUCCAAGAUCUUCUCCCUUGAGGGCAAGGGGCUCAAGCUCGACACCGCCCAGGACAUCGAGCCUCACAUUGCUGCGCUGGUCGCGCUCGAGGAUGUCGAGGAGGUUCGCUUCCUGGGAAACACGCUGGGUGUUGGUGCGUGCGAGCGCCUUGGUGAGGUCCUGGCCACCAAGAAGAGCCUCAAGUCCGCAAACUUCGCCGAUCUCUUCACCGGCCGAUUGCUCAACGAGAUUCCCGCCGGUAUCUCUGCCAUUCUCACCGCUAUCCUAAACCAUCCCCACCUCACCACCAUCAACCUCAACGACAACGCCUUCGGUCUCAACACCCAGGCCCCGCUCGUGGCUUUCCUCUCCGCCCACGUGCCCCUGCAGCACCUCUACCUGAACAACAACGGCCUCGGCCCUCACGCCGGCAUCCUUGUCGCCGAUGCGCUCUCAGAACUCCACGCCAAGAAGGAGGCGGCUCGCAAGGAGGGCAAGCAGGUGCCCGACCUCGAGACUGUCAUCUGUGGCCGGAAUCGACUCGAAAGCGGCAGUAUGGCGGCCUGGGCCAAGGCCUAUAGCCUUCACAACAAUAUCCAGGAGAUCAAGAUGGUGCAAAACGGAAUUCGACAGGAGGGUAUCUCCCGUCUGCUUAGUGAAGGUCUCAACACCGCCAGCCAGCUCCGAAUCCUGGACCUGCAGGACAACACUUUCACCAUCAUGGGAGCCGAGGCCCUCGCCAAGGUCGUUACGAACUGGGAGGAUAUCCAAGAGCUUGGAGUUGGUGACUCUCUGCUGAGUGACAAGGGCGCUCGGCUGCUUGCUAAGUCCCUGUUAACGGGCAAGAACAAGAAGCUAGAGACUCUGCGUCUGCAGUACAACGAGAUCAAGGCUGAUGGUGUCAGGGCUUUGGCCAACGCCGCCAAGGCUGCACUCCCGGCGCUGAAACGAAUCGAGCUCAACGGCAACAAGUUCACCGAAGACGAGGACGCCAUUACCAUAUUGCAGGAACUCCUUGAGGAGCGAAAGGAGCAAUAUGCCGGCGACAUUAUCAUUGAGGAUGAGUGGGGUGUUGACAGCCUGAGCGACCUGGAGGAGGAAAGCGAGGAGGAGGAGGAAAGUGAGGAGGAGGAGGAGGAGGAGGAGGAGGAAGUCAAGGAGAAGGCCGAGAAGUUCAUCAAGGACGCCGAAGCAGCCCAGAAGCAGCCCAUAGCCCAGCGCCAGGACGAGGAUGUGGACGACUUGGCAAAGAAAUUGGAAGGCACUCAGCUCUAACGUCAAAAUUUCUCCCCUCUCCUUUUUUGUCCUCCUUGCUUCUUUUUUCACGAGUUGGUUUUGUUAGACAUUUCACAUACACGCACAACACUUCUACACAUAUACUCCCGCUCUCCACGCUCUUCCACACCGUCUUCCUCUAUCCACUACUCAAUGAAAAAAUCGAUACCCUUUUAGAACUCGGUAGUUUUCAUGUCUCAUACAUAUGUAAAGUAAUCCAUCAAAGAUGAACGUUCCCUUAGUAUGUCCUCUACACCCAUUGCAAGCGUUAUGAUAGGUAGGUGCCACACAACACAAAAAAUCACAAAUCAC